AUGGUGCAGUGCUUUGAUGGAUUGAAGCGGUUGUAUACUGCUGUCAUAAAUUUUUGUGAUGCUGAUUUGUCCCAGCAGCAGCCUGGAGGUUUACAAAACCCAGAAGCACUUGCAAGAGAAACAGUUUUUAGUGUAAGUGAGAUUGAAGCACUGUAUGAACUAUUCAAGAAGAUCAGCAGUACAGUAAUUGAUGAUGGACUAAUUACCAAGGAUGAAUUUCAGUUGGCCUUAUUCAAGACAACCAAGAAAGAGAGCUUAUUUGCGGAUAGGGUGUUUGACUUGUUUGAUGCAAAGCAUCAUGGGAUACUUGAUUUCAAAGAGUUUGCACUUGCUCUCUCCGUCUUUCAUCCCAAUGCAUCAAUUGAUGAUAAGAUUGAGUUUUCUUUCCAAUUGUAUGAUCUCAAACAGCAAGGAUUUAUUCAAAGACAGGAGUUAAAACAAAUGGUAGUGGCCACUCUAGCUGAAGCUGGCAUGAAUCUUGCAGAUGACGUGAUUGAAAGCAUCAUUGACAGGACAUUUGAGGAAGCUGAUACAAAACAUGAUGGGAAGAUUGACAAGGAAGAAUGGAGGAACCUUGUCUUGCAGCAUCCUUCCCUUCUUAAAAAUAUGACUCUUCAGUAUCUUAAAGAUAUUACAACUACAUUUCCCAGUUUUAUAUUUCACUCACAAGUUGACGAUGUAUGA